AUGAAUAUCGCUCGUAAAAUAUGUUCAAUACGCUAUUCUCACGUUCAGCGGAAUGUUCACAGAAAGUAUAGAAUUUCUAGUGUUAACUAUGAAUCUACGAAAGCCGAAACUCAGAUACAAGAAGAGAAGUUUGAUUUUGAAGAUCUCAAAGUACUGGAGAGGGUGGAGCGACGAAAAGCAGCUAUUCCACCGUUCAUGAAAAACGUUUUUCUCUCGAUUUUCAAUCGCGAUUUGCUUGCAUAUCCUGAAAUUUUAAACAAAGAGGAAUCUACAGCUUUGGAUAACAGAGUUAGUAUAAUACAAAAGACUUUUGAAGAUCCGAAUUCCACUGAAGAUGAGAGAAGAGAUGUUCUGAGUAGAACUGGCAUGUUUGGAGCGCCCGUAGCUCUCACAGAUGGCGGGUUAGCCAUGAAUUAUACUGAAAGUCUACGUUAUUUAGACGUUAUAAGUAACGACUUACAACUCAGUCAGGAAUUAAGCGAUCACUGGGUCUGUUUGAAACUACUAAAGAUAGGCUUAACAUCUGAUAACUAUCAAAAAAUCAUUAGUGAUUUGAUGACUGGUGAUUCAACUAUAGGUGUGUGUGUGCAAGAGAAAAUAUCGGAUAGAGUGCUGCAAGCCGAUUUCCGGACUAGUGCUGUCUUAAAUCAGCAUGGUGUAUGGGUGAUAAAUGGUGAGAAAAUAUGCAAGACACAAACCAAAUAUGUAAUCGUACUUUGUCUAACCGAAGGCAUGAAGUUGAAAGCUUUUCUCGUCCAUCCCAAUGCCUCCGGAGUGAAUUACAAGGAAAACUAUGUUUCAUUUAAGGAUACACCUGGUACCCCAUUAACUGAAGCUACAGAAGAACAGCUCUCAAAGACACUCGGUAUGACAAGACUGUACACAGCAAAUCUCUGUCGGAACAAUUUGAUGAAGAGCAUGAAGGCCAGCGUUGAAUAUGUUCGAACAAGGUUCAUCAGUGGUAAGCCUCUAUCCCAGAUGCCAACAAUACGUUCUCAGAUUGGGAAUACGUUGAUGGAUAUAUACGCUUCGGAGAGCGCGGAAUAUUUCACAGCUGGUCUCCUAGAUGGGUAUAUGGACCCAGAUGCUGAAUUGGAAGUGGCGAUGAAUUUCAUCGCUAAUCACGCGCAGUCGCAAAUCCUGAAGCUGUUAGCGAUCCAGGGUGUUGAAAGACCACGGGAAUGUUUGCAUCUGCUUGAUGAGAUGAGGAAGCUGUCCUUCCGCGGAGAAACCUUGGAAAACGUCAAUAUGUUUAUAGCAAUCAACGGUAUCCAUCACGCCGGUAGGAAUAUGGCGAACGACGUCAAAAAACUACGGAAUCCGCUAUUCAAUCCAUCGUUUAUCUUGAAGAAGAUUAUCGCUGACAGAAAUCAGGAGAGGGACGAACCUAAACUGGACCUAUACUUAUCGGAAGACCUCCAUCCAACAUUGAAGAAACCUUCAGAACAGUUGGAAUACUGCGUUCUCAGGAUGAGGUACAUAGUGGAAUCAUUAAUGAGCAGAUACGGAACGGACGUGGUUAUGGCUAGCACUGAGUUGAACCGAUUGGCUGAAGCGUCUACCGAAAUAUACGUUAUGGCUGCAGUACUGGCGAGGGCUUCUAGGUCAUAUUGCAUCGGAUUGAGGAACGGGGAGUUUGAGAUGAAACUUGCAGCUUGUUUCGUUGAAAGCACCAAAGAUCAUGUUAAGAAAUUACUCUUAGAUAUAGCGGAAGGGGAGUACAUUAACUUGGACCACUUCAGAAUUAACUUUGGGAAGACAGUCUUCGAGAAUAAGGGCCUAUUGGUAGAAAAACCUACAGCAAGGGUUUUUUGGUAG